UUCAAGGCACCUCAUUGAAUUGGAUUCUGCUCAAGCUUCUCUCUGCCCCACAGGUCAACUCAUGAAAUGCCACUGAGGUUGGGGGUGGAGGGGAGAGACUUGGUUUCAUCUAAGAAUGGUGCAGUCCAUAUUCCUGUCAGCGUAAUCCAUUCCUGUGUCAGAUCCUAGGUGCCCUUUCUCUUGUCCUCACCCUGAGGUGACCAACUGAGUUCUAACUGGUGACAGAGCCAGUUUAUAACAGCCCUGUCUUUCACAUUCCCACCACAGGCCUGUCACAGAGCUGGAAAAACUGUUUAACUGAACUGAACUACAACACUGAAACUAGCUAAAGGGAAGCAGGAGGAACUCACUACCCAGGGUCUCCGUGUUCAAAGGUGAUGGUUUGGCUUGCAAAUCCAAGUUGGCAGAUUCCUGUUUCGAUGCUCGUGCUGUUAUCCCUACAGAUUGAAGGUAACCGUCUCGACAACAUGUUGUUAAGGAGCACUGGGAAACUCAGCGUUGAAACCAAGAAGGGAUAUGUUGACAGUACCAUGUCCACAUCGCCUCAGAAGGAUCUGUGGUGUCACUGUCACCAUCAUUGUCCUGAAGAGUCAGUUAACAACACUUGCAAAACAGAUGGCUACUGUUUCACAAUAAUGGAAGAAGGUGAGACUGGAGGCUAUGUCAUCACAUCUGGGUGCCUGGGAAAAGAGGGUUCUGAUUUUCAGUGUCGGGAUACUCCAAAGUCAUCUCAGCGAAGAGCUAUUGAAUGCUGCACAGAUCGAGACUUCUGCAACCGCGAUCUCCACCCCACGUUGCCACCCCAGGACAUGAGAGAUUUUGUGGAUGGAAGCACUUAUCACAUAACCCUCCUGAUCUCUGUUACUGUUUGUAGCAUCAUCCUGGCUUUACUCAUCAUUUUCUGCUAUUUCAGGUACAAAAGACAAGAGGAGAGACCGCGGUACAACAUGGGCAUUGAGCAAGACGAAACCUUCAUCCCACCUGGAGAAUCCCUCAAGGACCUUAUUGAACAGUCACAGAGCUCAGGCAGUGGCUCAGGUCUCCCUCUCCUGAGGACGAUAGCUAAGCAGAUUCAGAUGGUGAAGCAGAUUGGGAAGGGGCGUUACGGUGAAGUCUGGAUGGGAAGAUGGCGCGGUGAGAAGGUUGCGGUGAAAGUCUUCUUCACCAUGGAGGAGGCCAGCUGGUUCAGGGAGACAGAAAUCUAUCAGACUGUGCUAAUGAGACACGAGAACAUCCUUGGCUUCAUUGCUGCUGAUAUCAAAGGGACAGGGUCAUGGACCCAGCUGUAUCUGAUCACAGACUACCAUGAGAAUGGAUCUCUUUACGAUUACUUAAAGUCCACAACCCUCGACACGAAAGCCAUGCUGAAGCUGGCAUACUCAACUGUCAGUGGGCUCUGUCACUUGCACACGGAGAUCUUUGGAACGCAGGGAAAGCCAGCGAUCGCCCACCGCGACCUGAAAAGCAAAAACAUCUUGGUGAAGAAGAAUGGGAUGUGCUGUAUCGCCGAUCUGGGCCUGGCUGUUAAGUUUAUCAGUGACACCAAUGAAGUGGAUAUACCCCUCAACACCAGGGUAGGUACAAAACGUUACAUGGCACCAGAAGUGUUGGACGAAAGUCUCAAUCGCAACCAUUUCCAAUCAUACAUCAUGGCAGAUAUGUACAGCUUUGGCCUGAUCCUCUGGGAAAUAGCUCGCCGUUGUGUUUCUGUAGGCAUUGUUGAAGAAUACCAGCUCCCUUACCAUGACCUGGUGCCCAGUGACCCAUCCUUUGAAGAUAUGAGGGAGGUUGUGUGUAUCAAGCGGCUGAGACCAUCCUUCCCCAAUCGAUGGACCAGUGACGAGUGUUUGAGACAAAUGGGGAAAGUCAUGACAGAGUGCUGGGCCCACAAUCCAGCUUCUCGGCUAACAGCUCUCCGAGUGAAGAAAACCUUGGCUAAAAUGUCCGAGUCUCAAGAUAUAAAACUCUGAUGCAACGCCAAAUCUCCACUCAGUGCUCAAGACCCUCAGAUAGCACCGGACCCACAGCAAAUGGGAGAGUGACAGCCUUUUGACCCUUCUGAACUAUCUUUCCUGUUCAAGUCAUUUCAACCUCAUGACCAUUGGCACAUCAAUGGGCUGAUUAACAAGGGAGAAGUGAACUGUCACAACCACCAGAGAUGGCAGAACGAGCAUUCACUGGGUAUUCCUUGCUUACAUAGUAUAAAAAGCCACAGGUAUUCAAGAAUUUAAUGCAAAGGGAGGUUGCAUGCUCGCUUUCUGUGAAAGCUGCUCACUUGGGUAAUUUGUUUUUUUUUUGAGAAGUGUUACGCAAUGAGACACUCAAAAAGCCAACUCCAACCUGACUCGAAUUGUCUAUAAACUGAUGUCGUUAACAUUGGGUGGAGCUGCUGUAGGGUUUAACUGAGCUGAGUUUGUGAAGAUGAUGGGGAUGGAAGUCUGUCGCCUGGUAUCCACUGAGAGCGAACAGCCUCAUCUCAAGGGAAUGUGUUCCGCCAUUGUCUGCUCUGUCACGGACUUCCGUGAAAAUUUUUCAUUGAAUAUGUGCGUGGGUAUUCCUCUGGCAGAAGAAAGUUGGAUGGGGAAGGUCCUCAUGACAGGAAUGUGACAUUUGUUAACAAGCACUGACAGGAACCCAGACAAUGUAUGACAUGGAUUGCAAUGUGUUCACCUUCCGUCCGAAACCAUUUCCAGAUGACAGUAUAAUUGGUCUUCACCUGACUGGGCUAGCCCAUCUGGAACUAGAAUUGUGUGCCAAUAUCUUUCUCUCGAAUCUCUUGUCACUCCAUUGUGCUUUCGGACUUGCCUUUGUACCUCCUUUAAAAGCCCGACUGCUCUUAUAGAAAUGUUUUCAGUGGACAGAGGUCUGAAAGGGGGCUUCUUAAGCUAUGAGAGGGACAAUCUCCUGAUCGAGAGUUCAUAGCGUUGGAGCAGCAUGCUGGGACGACAUGGUGCACCAUCAUUGGUGGUAGUUUCGUACAUUCAGAGGAUAGUUGCCCCUGGCUGUCAGACCCUGGCAAUGAACUUAACCUUAGCAACCAAGUGUCCACGGGUUACUCCUCUGGGAAAUCACUUAAGGGGCUGGUUGUGGGGAACUGACCAGUUACUGAGUGUCACUCCCUAUGGGAAGGAUCAUGGAAUUGCUAACGAAGUGCUGGAAAAAUAGAGCCCCAAACAGUGAGGAGGCAAGAAGGGGACACAUUGUAAAACCCAAAAUGUGCUUGUUCAAGUCCCUGUCGCUGAGAUUCCUGCUCCCUGUUUUACAUGUCACUGGUGAGAACUCAUGGCAGUAGAUACUUGCCAGUUUAGAGAUAUGGGCAGCCUUGUGGGGAUGAAUAGUUACAACAUUGGGAAGAAUUCCAUUGCUUUCCCAAUGCACUUGCCCUUUAGUAAAUGUGUUUAGGUGUUUACUGCUAUUUUUCAGGACAUCCUACUCUGUAAAUCCAUUUAGGACCCUCACAUUUUACAUGUUGGAUGGGUAUGCCCUACCCUGUUGGUUCCCAGCUGAGCACCAGAGACAUGGGAACAUUUGACGAUAACCCCUGGUGUAAGGAUUGGUCCCAGCGAAUUCCAAGGGCCUAACCUUUAGCGUUCCCAUCAUAUUCCAGCCUCCAAGCUUCCAGCUAUGUUCUCUGUAAAUGAAGAAGAGCCUUUCAGGUGUGAAGUUAGGAAACACAUGCAAGGAAGUGAAAGGAAUUAGUUACAUCCCAAGGUGAAUAAAUGCAGAGCUGGACAAACCCUGCAGG